AUGUACGUUCCCCAAACGACUCGCGAGUACCGCCUUCCAAAGGCAAGCGGCUUCCACAACCUUACCAUUACCGAGGCGCCGAUCCCGAAGCUCAAGGCGACGGAGGUGCUCGUCAAGGUGCAUGCCGUCUCGCUCAAUUUCCGCGACCUCGUCAUCGCGAAGAACUCGUACCCGUCUGGGCACAAGGAGAACGUCGUGCCCUGCUCGGACCUCGCGGGCGAGAUAGUCGCGCUUGGCCCUGGUGUCGCACGCUGGGCCGUCGGUGACCGCGUCAGCUCGACCUUCUCGACGGACCGCAUCUACGGAGACUCCUCACCUGAGAGCAGGGCCACCAGUCUGGGCGGGGCCAUCGAUGGUGUGUUGACCGAGUACAAGGCUCUCCCCGCUCAUGCGCUCGUCCUCAUCCCGGAGCACCUGAGCUACGAGGAGGCGUCCACCCUUCCAUGCGCGGCGGUGACUGCGUACAACGCGCUCAACGGACCGAAACCACUCAAGGGUGGUGAUACCGUGCUAGUCCAGGGCACCGGCGGGGUGUCGAUCUUCGGCCUCCAGCUUGCAGUUGCAUCGGGUGCGACGGUUGUCGUGACCUCCUCGUCUGACGAGAAGCUGAAGAUCGUGCGGUCGCUUGGCGCGACGCACACGAUCAACUACAAGACGACGCCAAACUGGGACGAGCAGGUGAUGAAGAUGACGAACGGUCGGGGCGUCGACCACAUCCUCGAGGUCGGUGGGCCAGGCACGAUCAUGAAGUCUGUGAAUGCUAUCCGCUUCGGGGGCACGAUCAGCCUUAUUGGAAUUGUAGCUGGGCUGCAAGCCGAAGUGAGCGCACUGCCGCUCCAGGUGCUCAGCAAGGGGGUCAUCCUUCGCGGAGUACUCAUUGGCUCGCGCGUACAGUUCGAGGACAUGAACCGCUUGAUCACGGCUGUGAAGCUGAAGCCGAUCGUUGCCAAGGUGUUUGCAUUUGAGAACGCGCACGAGGCUUAUGAAUACCUGGAUGGUCAGAAACACGUCGGAAAGGUGAUCAUCCGGGUAUCGAAAGACUGA